AUGAUGUUUCCCGGAGAGACAGAGUGGGGAGAUGGGCUCGGCGGUGUUCUCUUCGGUACGCCGGCACAGAACAAGGGCAAGAGGAAGAAAGGGCGGCUGGAGCUGGAGCCGCCGGACUUCCCGAUUCCCGACCAUCAUGGUGGAACCCAAAGGAAGCGCUACACCUUGCAGUUGAAGGUGAAUGCCGUGAGGUACUCGCAGAGAAAGCUCAAGGGGGCGCAAGGACCGGGCGGGACUGUUUGCGUAACAUACGCCAGCAGGGUCCUCAAGAUUCCCGACAAGGCCACGUUGGCGGCGUGGGUCAAAGACGUCGACAAGUACGAAGCCGCGCUUGCGGAGGAGACCAAGUACUCGCGAGUGAAGGGCAGGAAGAAAGCCAAGCACCGCAUGUCGCUGAACGUCGGACGGACUAGGACGCACACGGACGCCGAACGCGAGGUCGUGGACUGGAUCAAUGAUCUGCGUUCUGACGGCAUCUCCGCCCGUGUCUCGACGAGGAUGAUCACGAACAAGGCCACGGAACUCAACCCGAACUUGUUCGGGGAGAGGCCGCCGCCGUCCGACAUCGAGGGCAACCUGCGGUGCACCCGCAAGAAGACCGCGUGGUGCAGAAGGUUUCUCAGGGUCUACCGCUUUUCUGUGCGAGCCGCACCCGCAAUCAAGGGGUGGAGGAGGCUGAAGUACGACGUCCCUUCCGCGCUCGAGCUUGCGGACGGAGUCGAAUGCCUGGGGGCAGUGGCGGGAGGCAGCGCGAGCGGCAGCGGGGGUGGGAGUGGCGCUGGAGUUCCGUCGGGGCCGAGUCCCAAGUUCGCCUUGGCGCAGAUCGCCAACAUGGAUGAGACUCCUACGUGGAUGGAGAACCCGGGGAACAACACUGUGGACCGCACCGGCGACAAGGAGGUUGGCGUCAAAACCGGCGGCAAGGAGAAGAUGCGCAUCACUUCGGUCCUGACGGUGUUCGCCGACGGCAGCAAGCUGCCGCCCCUCGUCAUCUUCAAGGGCCAGCCCACGCCGAAGGGGAAGGCCCCUGCCGCCAACAGCAUCGAGCNCAGCGAGCCGCCGCCCCUCGUCAUCUUCAAGGGCCAGCCCACGCCGAAGGGGAAGGCCCCUGCCGUCAACAGCAUCGAGCGCGAGUUCAAGGACUACAAGGACAAGAAGGGCUACGCAUACCCUCGAGGUGUCGUCUACGCCGUGGACCCGAAGGCAUGGCACUCCCAGCGGGUGUUCAACGAGGUCUGGCUGCCUCAGGUGUGGAACCAGCGCCCGGGGCGGCAGGGUCGCCUGGGCGGCUACCGUCAGCCUGACAUGCUGCUGGCGUGGGACGACUACACCGUCCACAAGACGGACGCGUCUACCAAGGCGAUGGCGGAGUCCAACACGACGCUGUUUCUCAUCCCGGGAGGCCUGACUCCCAAGCUCCAGCCGUGCGAUGGCCUCGUCAACAAGAUCUUCAAGGCAAACAUGUCCAGGCUCUACGACGACCACAUGGCUUCCCCUCACGUCAAACGCGGCGACCACGGCUACCCGGAGCCCCCUUCGCGGGGGUUAAUCGCACAGUGGGUCAAGAAGUCGUGGGACGCCUUGACCGCGGAUGAAGUCCGCGCGAGCUGGAGGAAGGCUGGCCUGCUGCUUCCCUUCGACGGGUCGGAAGACGAGGCCUGGGCCAACAAGGAGCUCAACUCCAACGCCCAGGGGGAGCCCCUCGACGCGCCAUCGGCCGGUGCGGACAAGGCUGACUCGUCGUCGGGAGGCGGCAACUUGCUGGAGGUGUUGGAGAUCGACGAUGACGACGACACGGGCGUGGUGGUGGUGGACAUCGGCGACGACGAGGGCGAGGAGCCGUGAGGCAUCGGCGGCGAUGCUGGUGUUGAGAAAUGGCUUGUGGUGUCCUUCUCAUAUUCCUUCGCAUUUCUCCUGGCGUGCGUUUCUCUUCCUUCGUCGUGUGUUUUCUUCGACGCGUCGAGUGCAACGUAGUGUUGUUUGCGGUAGUGGUUAGUGGUCUUGAUUUUUUUUGGCCGUGGUGACAUAGCAAGGUAGGUAGCAGCGGCCUACUAGGUACUUGUUUGUGAGGGGGUAGGACGGAAUGGCCACUCUGUGGCGACCGCCUGGCAUUAUAUCGGGCGAGGUACCUUUGAUUUUUGUGUUUUUAGUUUUUGAUCCUGCAAUCAUGAUCGAAACACGGAUGCUGCUUGGUAGAUGGACCCGUUAUCAUUUCUGGUUCUUGUCCCCGCCUUUCCUGGGUCAUAACGUAUACCUAGCUCCCAGGCGACACCUUACUUGCCGCAGCGCCGCGGGGCGUGGGCGUNGAGGUACCUUUGAUUUUUGUGUUUUUAGUUUUUGAUCCUGCAAUCAUGAUCGAAACACGGAUGCUGCUUGGUAGAUGGACCCGUUAUCAUUUCUGGUUCUUGUCCCCGCCUUUCCUGGGUCAUAACGUAUACCUAGCUCCCAGGCGACACCUUACUUGCCGCAGCGCCGCGGGGCGUGGGCGUCCUCGAUCCUAACAUUUUUUUUUCGUUUUUUUCUGCUCCAUUCAAGUCCGUUUUUGUUUGAAACUUUCUUUGGCGUUGAGCGGGUAACACAUCGUCGAGGUCAUGUGCUGAAGCGUUUCGUCACCUCCGUUGAGCCCCGUCUGUUUACCACAUGUCGCAGUAUUACAUUACGGUAGGU